UGCUUCGGUGCCAAAAUACCUAACCUCACUUUGAAGUGUUCUUAACCUAGAAAUAUGUUGUCAAAAUGCACGUAUAAAAACUGUAGCAAAAAAUCAUUAAUAUUUGCUGAUUGUAUAUAAAACCAGUUACUGUGAACUUAUAAGGGAAAAUGUUUGUACUAGCUUUACUCGAAAAUAGUCUCCGUAUUCCUCCAGAGCUAUUUCAUCUAGACUUACGUGAAGCUGUUGAACAAGAAUUGAAUAAAAAACUAGCUAAUAAAGUGCUCAUUUGUGUAGGCCUCUGCAUUGCUCUUUAUGAUAUCACGGAUAUUGGAGAAAGCUUCAUUAAACCUGGAGAAGGGGCGACAUACACGAAGGUUACUUUUCGAUACAUUAUAUUCAGGCCUUCAAUGGAGGAAAUUUUGGUAGGAAAAGUCAAAAGUGUCAGUCGUGAAGGAAUACACGUCACCCUUGGGUUUUUCGAUGAUAUACACAUUCCACCAAAGUAUAUUCCAUAUCCCUCAAGGUUUUCUGAAGAUGACCAAGCCUGGAUUUGGGAAUAUGUUACAGCAGAAGGGGAUAAACAUGAUUUAUAUAUAGAUACUGAUGACAAUAUCAGAUUUAGGGUGAUCGAGGAAACCUUCGUUGACACAACACCGACAACUGAAGGAACAGCUACAGAACUACCUAAGGAUAUAGACAAUAAAACACCUUAUUCAUUAAAGGGUAGUAUAUGUGAGCAAGGCUUGGGGGUUCUACAUUGGUGGGCAGAUUAAUAAGAUGUAACACCUAGAUGACCAACUUGUAAAUAUUUGAUUACCUAUUUUUUUAUUUUUUUUUUUGAGAAAUUUUGUAAAUAAGAUUCAACAGUUUACUUGUGUUCAAGUUUUUCAACCAUAAUCAUAUUCUGCAUCUACUCUUCUUUAACAGGGCCUAUCUAUUCAUACAAUAGAAGAAUACUUAUGCAAAAUCGAUUGUAUUAUGUUAAUUAUUUUGUAAUAUUUUGAUAUAUUAAAUAUAAACAUCGAAGAAAUA